AUGGAGAAUGAGUUCAACACCAGCACCAGUUUUAUCCUCCUUGGCAUCGAGGAGAUGGAACAUAAUAAAUAUCUGUACUGUGCGUUUCUGCUCAUUACCUACCUACUCAUUCUGCUGUUUAGCUCCUUGAUCAUCUCUGUGGUUCUGCUGGAUGAAAGCCUCCAUUGCCCCAUGUACACUCUCAUAGCCAACCUCAUGCUAAAUGGCAUAUUUGGGGCUUCCUGCUUCCUCCCCAAGUUAAUACUGGACUUGUUCUUCUCAUCCAAAGUGAUCUCCAGAGCCGCCUGUUUCAUCCAGUCCUUCUGCGUCACCCUUUUUGCCUUCUGUGAGAUCUCCAUAUUCACCACCAUGGCGUACGACACCUAUUUAGCCGUAGGCCAUCCAUUACGGUAUCCCACCCUGAUGACCAAUAAGACAGCUCUGAGACUUAUUGCAGGUUUUCUGUUCUUCAACAUCAUCUCUAUGUUGAUUAACCUCCUGCUUUCUGCCCGGCUGCCCCUGUGCGGGUCCCACAUCAACAACUUCUUCUGUGACAACUUGUCCAUCUUUAUCCUGUCCUGCGUUGAUAAUUCGCCCAAUAAGUUAUAUUCGGCCGCAGUGUUUGCGACGUACAUACCGCUCACCGUGCUGACCAUAGCCUACUCCUACGUGCGGAUACUUCUCAUCUGCUGGAAGGUUUCCCAGAGCGCCAGUAGGAAAGCCAUUCACACCCUGGUGACCCACGUGUCCAACUUCGCCAUUUUCAUGGGGGCGGUUUUAUUCAUAUUUAUCCGAUACAGACUCGAGAGCAUUAACCUUCCUCUGGUUGUCCACAUUCUGCCCUCUAUAAUCGGCUCAACCUUUCCUCCUCUUCUCAACCCCCUGAUAUAUGGAAUAAGGACAAAAGCGCUGAAAAUAAAAGUGAUUUCCCACUUACAGAAAAUGAUGGUGAAAAUAUAA